AUGGAGUUCCCUUGGAAGAAGCAAACCAUCCUAUGCCUCACCUUCUUUUGCCUCCUGCUGGGUGAUUCCUAUGCUGCAACUGACGAGAAAGUGCAUCAUAAUACACCCAUUAUCACGGAAGAAGCAGUCCAUGUGGGCGCGAUUCUUGAUAUGAGAUCAAGAGAAGGAAGUAUUGUCCUCAGUUGCAUUUCGAUGGCCCUCUCUGAUUUCUACUAUCAGCAUAGUAACUACAGCACACGAGUCAUUCUACACAGCAGGGAUUCAAAUAAAGGAAACCCACUGCAUGCUGUUUGGGCUGCUCUUAAUCUAUUGGAUAAAAUCAAAGUAGAAGCUAUAAUUGGUGCACAAACAAGUAUGGAAGCAAGCCUUUUGGCAGAGCUGGGAGAAGCAACUAAGGUCCCUGUAAUGUCUCUUUCUCAACCUAGUCAUUCUCUUCCAUCUAACAAAUAUUCCUUCUUUGUUGAGAUCACACUGGAUGAAACUUCUGAAGUUAUGGGAAUCACUGCUCUUGUUGAAGCUCUCAAAUGCAGGGAUAUUGUUCUUCUAUACGAGAACACCAAAUAUGGGAGAGACAUGAUUCCAUCUUUGAUCAAUUCCUUCCAACAGAAAAAUAUCAAUAUUUCUUAUAGAAGUUUCAUUGCUCCCACCUCAACAAAUGAACAAAUCACUGAAGAGCUCCGAAAGCUAAAGGCAUUAAACAGUAAAACAAUUGUAUUGCAUGUGUCGCAUUUGAUCGUACCUCGUAUUUUUCUAAAUGCAAAGAAGUUAAGAAUGAUGAGUGAAGAUUAUGAUUGGAUUAUGACAUCAAUGAGCAUGAAUUUCUUACAUUCUAUCAACUUAUCUGUGACUGAGUUAAUGCAAGGAGUGGUGGGUUUGAGGUCUUAUGUUCCAGCAUCAACCACUCUCCACAAUCUUACUUCAAGAUUAAGGCCGAAAUUUUAUAAGGAAGAAGAGAAACCCCAUGUGGAAGUAAGGGAGUUAAAUGCAGAUGGAAUCCGGGCUUAUGAUGCAACUUGGGCUCUAGCAGAAGCAGUUGAGAGGUCAAGGAAAAAGUUCUCUACAACUAGGAAACAAAAUAUUCGACUUAACCCGAGGCAUUUGAUUGAGAGUAGGUCCUCCAAACAUGGUGUUGUGCUUCUUAGAGAGAUAUUGCAAAGUAGAUUAAAAGGUCUACGUGGUGAGAUUAAGUACAUAAAUGGAAGACUAUUUUCAGGUGCAUUCGAGAUAGUAAAUGUGAUAGGAGAAGGGGAGAUCAAAAGGGUUGGACUUUGGCCUUGCGAGAAAAGAAGCAUCGAAGAGUGGCACUUGUUCAAUAAUAGAAGAAGUUUACUUUCCACCCAUGAUCUUGAAACAAACAAAUUUUUUGAAGAAUCACCGAGCAUCAUGAAAGGUUCCAAGAAGCAAUUGAUGAGUAGUGAAAAAAAACUGAGAAUUGGGGUUCCAGUAAAAGUAGGGUUUAAGGAAUUUGUGCGUAUGGAACAUGAUAUUGAAACCAAUACAACUCAUAUCACUGGCUUCUCGAUAGACGUGUUCAAAGCAGCAAUCAGAGGUUUACCAUACAAAGUGCAUUAUGAGUUUAUUCCAUUUGAGGAUUCCCACGGAAAUAUGGCCGGGACUUAUAACGAUCUGGUCCAGCAAGUUUAUCUCAAGAAAUACGAUGCUGUUGUUGGAGAUACGACAAUCUCAGCGAACAGAUCUUUAUAUGUGGAUUUUACAAUACCGUAUACUGACUUGGGUGUGGGAGUGUUGGUAAGAAAAGAUGAGGAAAACAUGUGGGUUUUCUUGAAACCUCUUUCAGCAGAUCUUUGGAUAACAAGUGCUGCUUUCUUUAUCCUGACGGGAUUAGUUGUGUGGAUAAUUGAGCGCCCUAUUAACCAAGAAUUUCAAGGCUCUCUAUCGCAGCAAAUAGGAACGAUAUUCUGGUUCUCCUUCUCAACCCUUGUUUUUGCUCAUAGGGAGAAGUUGUUAAACAACUUGACAAAGUUUGUAGUGAUCAUAUGGGUGUUUGUAGUGCUUAUACUGAGCUCCAGUUACACUGCAAAUCUAGCUUCAAUGAUGACCAUGAAACAGAUACAAAUGAACUCAAAAGUGAACUAUAUAGUUUAUCAAAUCAGUUCAUUCACCAAACUAGGCUUCAUAGACUUUACUUGCAAAGGACUCAAGAAAUUUGAUCAGACAGAAGAAGCAUAUGUUGAUGCUUUAUCAAGAGGCAGUAAGCAUGGUGGUGUUUCUGCUAUCAUUGACGAGAUUCCUUACAUCAAGAUCUUCCUAGCAAAGUAUUCCUCCAAGUACUCCAUGAUUAAAACCAAGUCUACUACCAAUGGUUUUGGCUUUGUUUUCCCUAAAGGUUCCAAAUUGGUCCAUGAUAUUUCAAGGCAAAUUGAAAUUUUGAGAGAAGAAGGAAAGCUUGUACAGAUGGAAGAGGAUUGGUUUCAUAGUAUAAAAACUGAUCUCAUGUUUGAUGACACAACAAGUGAUCCCAAUCCACUCAAUCUCCACAGCUUCCGGGGUUUAUUCCUCGUCAGUGGCGUUUCCUCAGUUGUUGCACUUAUCUUGUUCACAAUUUUCUUGGUGAAAGAGAAAUGGCAUGUCGUGAAGACAUUCAAAGUUGGAUAUGUGAUCCGAGCACAACUGCAGCAUGAUGCUAAUGGCAACGAAAAGUUCUACUUAUUGUCAAUGCUUCCAAAUGGUAUUCAUCUCAUAUUCGUCAAUUCUCACAUUUACUGA